UUGACUAGGUAUCAAAUUGACCUGUGUCGAUGCAGAUCCGUGACCGGCACCUCAAACCAUGUUCUCAUCUCUUUCAGGACUAGACAAGAGAUCAGAGACUCAGUCUCACAAUCCUGACCUCAUGCCUAUUUGCGAUUGCGUUUGCGCUUGCGCUUGUGCGUGGAGGUGUGACUUCUUCCAUCAGUCCUCACCUAUUGCGUUUGCGUGUGGGGGUAUGUGGGCAUGUGGGCAUGUGAUGUAGGGUGUAGCUUCUUCUAUCCACGCAUGAUAAUACCGUUCCCGGUCGGGAAUUUGGGAGCUUAGAUCGUCGCUCUCUCCCUCUCUUCUUAUUCUUCUUCGUCUUCGUCUUCAUUUCUUCCUCCUUCAGAUACAGAGAAAGCGGAAGAGGAAGAGAUGAAGCGAGAACUUGACCCCAAAGAAAAUCCUGCAGUGGACGCAGAGAAGAAGAAGAAGAUGAAGGGAGACUUGGAAGAGGAGCAGCAGCGGGAGGAGACGGGCUUCGUGCAUCUGAAUGGGGAUCUUCUGUUUGAGGUCCUCAAGCACGUCGACGCACGCUCACUGGCCAAGGCUGCCUGCGUUAACAAACAGUGGAACCAGACUGCACGGGACGAGAGGUUAUGGGAGAUGAUCUGUACUCGUCACUGGGCCAACACUGGCGGCGGUCCUCAACGGCUCCGCUCUGUCCUUCUCUCUCUCGGUGGUUUCCGUGGACUCCACUCUCAAUGCCUUUUGCCCCUCCUUAAACCCCCUUCGUUACCUUCAUCAUCUUCAUCUUCUUCUUCUUCGUCCUUGUCUCUUCCCCUCUCUCUCCUUUCCAUUCGUCAUUUCGAGAAGAUGAAUGCCAAUCACACAGGAGGACGAUGAACUUAACUGCUAUUAUUGAAUAAACCCCCCCCCACCCCCCAAAUCAGCUCCAGUCUUCCUCCCCUGCAAUCAAAAUUUAAUUUAUCUGAUUAGAUUUGUACAAAAAAUUCUAAAUUUCAUAAGAUGAUGUUCGUAGUUCCCUCUUUAUUUCUUUUUUGUAACUUCCAAGGAUCUAUGGAAGUAUGAUGUUGUAUAUAUGAAUCAAGUUUCUUUCUUUUGAGAUUAUCAUCGAUUCAUGAACCA